AUGUCUCUCAUCUCUCUUCUUCCGUUCUCAUCAGAAGCCGGCACGCACGCCCCUGCAAGUUCAGGUCCGCUGGACAAGACCCUUGCUGCAAUUCCCACAUCCCUCUCCGUCUCCUUCGCCCAGAACGCAUAUGUAUGCAGCACUGGGAUGUGGACCUGGGAAGUGGGCGAGCUACCAGCAACGCUUGCACCGGUAUCAACACCAGGGCUAACUAAUGCAGAAACGACGCUAGCACUUGAUGCCAAGGUCAUGGACCAGGCCCACCACACCCUUUCAGUCCAAGUUCAAGCUCUGCUUCCGCGAAAGCCCCAGGGGUAA